CCGAAUAUUAAAUAGUUCAAGCACCACAUUCCUGACUCAGUCCUGUCAAACAACCGACCACAAUCACUAAUACGCAGGCCACGUUCAUAUCAAGGUAGCACCUCCUCUUGUUUCAAUGACUCACAGAAUGGAUGAGCACACCUCAAAUGAAACCACGCCUCUGAUACCUGCAGAGGCCUCGAGCUCGAAAAAACCUAAAACACCUCUUCCAAAACUCCAGAUAGGCAUACUUAUGAUAUUGCAACUUGUCGAACCUAUCGCUUCCAUGUCUAUAUUCCCAUACAUCAAUCAGCUCAUCAGAGAACUUGGAAUCACUGGAGGUGAUGAUGCAGCUGUAGGAUAUUAUGCUGGAAUAAUCGAAUCUCUAUUUUUUAUCGCGCAGACACUGACAGUGCUGAGGUGGAGUCGGUUGUCUGACCGCAUUGGACGCAAGCCAGUGUUAUUAGUAGGACUAUCAGGAACUUGCAUUUCGAUGCUAUGCUUUGGUCUCUCGACGACGUUCUGGGGCCUUGUCGUCAGCCGCUGCAUGUGUGGUGUACUGAACGGCAAUGUUGGAGUCAUGAAGACUAUGAUGGGCGAAUUGACUGACUCCACAAAUAUGGCUCAAGGAUUUGCCUUAAUUCCAAUAAUGUGGUGCAUCGGAGGUUUUAUUGGCCCUCUAAUAGGUGGAACGCUCGCGCGUCCACAAGAUAACUGGCCCGGUUUAUUCGCUCAUCCAUUUUGGAGCAAAUACCCAUACUUUUUACCCUGUGCAGUGUCUGCUUGUGCGAUUGUCGUGGGCUUUUUAAUCCUGUUGUGUUUCUUAGAAGAAACAUUAUCGACCAAGCGUCGACCAAAGUUGACAUCAGCCACCCUAGGCAUUUCAAAUGGUGCCGAUAGUGGUAAUCAACAAGCCCUUAUACAAUCAUCUAACGUGCCCAUCCGAUCUCUGCUCACACCUACCAUCGUUAUUCCAAUUGCAAACUACGCCAUGCUUGCCUUGCUUGACAUUGCAAUUAUGGCUCUUCUGCCGCUGUUCUUUUCGACGCCUACCUAUCUUGGUGGCCUUGGUUUUACUCCAUCUUACAUUGGUUCGUGGAUGGCGAUAUUUGCGUUCGUAAAUGGCACUUUCCAGGCACUGUUUUUCGCCAAAAUUGUUGAUCGGGUUGGUCCAAAGCGCCUCUUCUGUGUGUCGGUGUCGUGCUUCACGCCACUCAUGCUUAUGUUUCCAAUCAUGUCAUGGCUUGUGCACGCAAGGGGUGUAGUUGACCAUGCAAUCACGUUUGCAUUGCUUGGCCAACUAGCGCUGAUAGUUACAUGGGAUAUGGCAUACGGUACUGUGUUCAUGUUUAUCACGGCCUCUGCCCCUACAAAGAAUGUCCUGGGCGCUGUCAAUGGUCUUGGCCAGACCUCUGCGUCAAUGGCUCGUGUCGUUGGGCCCGCAUUAGCGACUUCGCUCUUUGCAUUCUCAAAGGAAUACAAUAUUCUCUACGGGAAUGCGGUCUAUGUUGUCCUGAUUAUGCUGGCUGGUGUAUUGAGGUGGCUAGGGUCACAGUUGCCCGAUGAAAUACAAGACAGGGAUGAGUGAAGUUUCUCGUACAUCGGAUCCCAGGGCAAACGGAAUAUCAAUAUAUCACAGUCGCGGGAAACCUAUCGUUUGGGUUUGGCGAGCAACGUUGGAUAUUAUGCAGAUUUCAUUGUGAUUCAUGAGUCAGAAUCACGUCGGCCGUAUUUUUAGGCGUGGCCAUCGCCAAUCAGUCACACGACACAAGCACAGACGCGCAUGAACAUCAGAUCCAUAGUCGCCCAUUAAGUCCAUGAAUAGAAGGGACAGC